UCCGUUCAUGCCUCCUCAGCUCAACGCUUUCCAACAGAUGGGAGUUUUUGUACGCCUGUACCUUCGCCUUUUCUGCACAGUGCCGCAGGUAACCCACCCUUGAACGCCUCCAUUAUCUGAGAAAAAAGGUACCACAAGAAUGACGUUUGUCGAUACUAUUUUUACAUGCCGUCUCCUUUCCUUCCGCCGCCCGCCAAACAUAUCUGGGCCCGACACCCCGACGGCCGACCACGUGACACACGAGCAGCUCGCGACGUCUAAAUUAGCUCGAUUCGCGCAGAUACCCGCUUCGGAGAUCUUCGUCCUUGAACCAACUUGGAGUCCCCUCGGGCUGACGGAGGAAAGUGCUGCAGAAAUUCUCAAGCAACAUGGUCCGAAUAUUCCUGUGGCCGAACGCCCCUUGGCUGCCUUGUCCAUCCUGUGGACUGCCCUCUGGAACCCAUUCAAUGUCCUGUUGGUCGUCCUCGCGUGUGUCAAUAUCGCCACGCAAGAUGUUGCCACGUUUGUCGUCAUGAUGGCCAUGGUCGUCGCUUCUACCGGCCUGCGAUACUGGCAGGAAAUGAAGUCUAUGGUCCAGGCCCUCAAAUUAGUUAGAUCCAUUGUCACCAGAGUUCGUGUCGUUCGGCGUGUCAAUGGAAUUGCCCAAGAAUUGGAGAUCGACCAGAAGCUUGUCGUCCCCGGCGAUGUGAUCGCUGUAGCCAGCGGCGACGUUUUUCCCGGGGAUUGUGUUCUGAUAUCAUCUGAGGCUUUGGCCGUCGCACAGGCCUCUCUCACGGGCGAACUGAUGCCGGUCGAUAAGACGCUUCGUCUGAUCGCUGCGCCUGAAUCUGAGGCGUUCCACCUCUUGAACAACGACAACGUAUGCUUGUCCGGAACGUCUGCGUCUGCUGGGAAUGGACGUGCUGUCGUUAUCUCGACCGGGAAAGAUACGUAUAUGGCUGGUAUCGCUGAAGAGCUGAAUAGAAAGAGACCGGAGAAUGCAAUACAAAUUGGGAUUAGAAAAGUCAGUUACGUUCUGAUGGGUUUUAUGGCCGUUAUGGCACCCAUUGUAUUCAUAGUGCAGGGAGCUGUCAGCCAUGACUGGAAGGGUGCUGUCAUGUUCGCCAUUGCCAUUGCUGUUGGCAUUACGCCCGAGAUGCUUCCCAUGAUUGUGACGUCCAAUCUUGCGCUCUCCGCCGUCCGUAUCGCUAAGAAAAAUGUCAUUGUCAAGCGCUUCGACGCCAUCCAAAAUUUGGGCGCUGUCAGGGUUCUAUGUUCAGACAAAACAGGCACGUUGACCAUCGACUUGGUCAGCGUCUCCACCUCUGUUUCCAGCAAUGGCGAACACUCAGAACUCCCCAUCAAGCUCGCAUACAUCAAUUCCCUCUUGCAGACCGGAACCCGUAGCCCAAUAGACCGUGCCAUCGUGGAGCAUGUGCACGCGAACGAAAAGGGGGCUGCCUCUGGAGACGGUCAUCAAGAUAGCUGGCACAAGCAUGGCGAAGUUCCUUUUGAUUCCACGCGCCGACUUCUCUCUGUUCUUGUGUCUCGUCCUUCCGCAGAUGGAGAGGGUCUUUUCAUCACGAAAGGCGCCGUUGAAGAGGUACUGGAGAGAUGUGUUUCUAUGUAUCGGCAACAGCAGCAGUCGUUCUCGCCAUCCCUGUCCGAUUUCAAGCUUGAACGCACAGCGUAUACCACAUUGACAGAGGACGAUCGCCGUGCCAUCCUCGACACAUCGAAGAGGUUGAAUGAGGAGGGCUUACGGCUCGUUGCUGUGGCUUGCAAAUGUGCCGCGGUCAAGACGUUCAUGACUAUCAGCACAGCAGACGAAGAGGAUCUUGUCUUCAUCGGUUUCGUGAGCCUCUUGGAUCCACUCAAACCGGAUGCGGCAGAUGCUAUCAAAGAAUUAUCCAAACUUAACGUCCAGGUCCGUAUCCUUACGGGUGACGCGCCAGCGGUGGCCGGAAAAGUCGCACGCGACCUUGGUCUAUUGAAUGCACGCAACGUGAUGCUAAAGUCGGCGAAGGGGGACGAAGAGGCUGUCGGUGCCAUUAGCGAGGCCGAUCUGAUCGUGACGGGCCCUCAACUCGCCGAACUCUCCAAGGAUAAGGACGCGUUUGCAGAAGCCGUCGAGCGAGCUGUCAUUUUUGCGAAGCUUUCACCGUAUCAGAAGCUUGAGGUCGUGAAAGCGUUACGUGCCGGGGACGGUGGCCGAGCAGUCGCAUUUCUGGGUGACGGUGUGAAUGAUGCGCUCGCGAUUCGUGGUGCGGAUGUUGGAAUUUCUGUGGAUUCAGGGACGGAGAUUGCGAAGGAAGCUGCAGACGUGAUUUUGCUCGAGAAGAGUUUGGGUGUAGUGGCGCUCGGCGUGGUGCAGGGCAGGAUCACGCUCCUGAACACCGUCAAAUACAUCAAAAUGGCGUGUUCGUCGAACUUCGGAAACGUUUUCUCGGUGUUGGUUGCGUCCGCGUGGUUGCCUUACCAGCCAAUGCUUCCACUGCAGCUCCUGACCCAGAACCUGCUAUAUGAUUUCUCUCAGGGAUCUAUCCCUUGGGAUAACGUCGAUCCUGAGUACUUGGAGACUCCUAGAACCUGGAGCGCACUCUCCAUUAUCAGGUUCAUGGUUUGUCUUGGGCCGUUCUCCAGCCCAUUUGAUAUCACGACUUUCUGUAUCAACUGGUUCCACUAUGGGAUCAGGACGGCUGAUUCGCCUUUGGUACCGCUUGCGCAGACGAACUGGUUCUUGGAGGGAUCAUUGACGCAGCUCUUCAUCAUCCAAUUUCUCCGAACUGGUAAAAUCCCCUUCAUCCAAUCCCGUGCCUCACUGCCCCUCGUGCUGGUCACCUUCGGGAUGGCCUGUAUAUCCAUGGCGAUUCCUUACAUUCCCAAAGUGAAUUCGGCGUUGCAGAUGAGGCCACCUCAUCCCGAGUUUUAUGCGUACCUCGUCGGCAUCAUUGCGGCGUAUGCGUGUGUGGUGCAUGCGGUGAAGGUGUUAUAUCAGAUGAGAUUUAAGGAGUGGCUUUGAGUGUUGGGAUUCGGGGUGCAGUAGGAACGGGCUCCGUAGACUUGAAAGUACAUAAGAUCUAGAUGCAAUUCGACAGCUGGACGUUUGUGAGAAUUCGAUCAUUCAUCGACCCCUGAGUGUGUGCGGGAAUUCGUCCGAUCUGGCAUGUCUCGGG